AAGUUAGUCCCAAGUGCAACUGUGAAUAAUAAAGUUAAAUAAUGAAGUUGAAAAUUAUUCUUUUGCAUUUUCUAUGCACAGUAUUUACAGCAGCUUGGGAUGAGAAGGUGCUGCAUGAGAUGGAGCUGGUGAAGACCCUGAAGGAGUUCUCCAACCAGCUCCAGAACUCCUUGGAUAAUAUUCACAAGUAUACUCAUGAGGUUAAUAAGAUCUACGCGGCAGAGUGCCCCGAAGCCAACUGUUCCCAAGAUUUCAUGGUGGAUAAAAUAGUAGGCAAUCCCAUUUAUAACUACCAGGUUCUGAAACGUAUUCUAGUUUCCUACAAGAAGAUUGAAGAAUCAAUUAACAAGAUUGAUACUAAAGGGAGUUUAACACAUUGCUGUCGGCGCCUUUGGAGGGCAGAUGUAGAAAUUAACAACAGUUUUUAA